CCAGACCAUUCAUUCCCUUUAUUUUGAAUGCAUUUUACAAAUACUUCAAGUACUGAAACAUCAUGAAAAAUUUAAAGGACAUAAAAAAUAUUUUAAAAUAAUGCAUCACGUUAAAACAACAUGCAAGACAUCAACACUCUAAAUUAAAAGCCAAAGAAUAGAAAUGUUUACAACCAAGCUUUAAAACUAGAUUUAUAAGUAGUGACUAAUUUCAAGUGGCAAGCCUUUCCAUAAUCUAGGCCCUAUGUCCGUCAUAAAAACAUCACUCAUACCUGAAUCUCUUGGAAAUAUUUUAUCUAAAUCUAAUCUAUCAAAUAUGUAUUAUUUUUCAAUUUCUAUGUCUGAAUCUUGUUAACCCAUUAUUAACUUAUCCUUAUGUCAUGUACUUUAGCACAUUUAUGUACUAUGGGUGAAAUUGGUGUAGAUGGUUUAGAUUUCAAAGGAAACAGCUGAUAUUGAAAUCUUUGGCUGAAUUUAUAUUUUUUUUUUCUAGCAGUGUUGAACCAAUAGACUGCCCUUUGUUGCCCUUGCCAAUAGGAUGUAGGGUAGCUGUUCCUCAGCUUGACUGCAAUUCACAGCUUCAGUCUGCAGAUCAGCUCUUUGACUGGACAAAGCUGUCACUGGAUAACUAGUGGUGUAUCUGCUAACUGUCAUCCUUCCAAAAAAAAAAUCAAAUCACACCAACUGCUAUUAUAUAUUUGUUUCUUAACACUGAGCAGGAAGGUAAAGCCAUGUUUAGGAUUUUCCUCUGAGAGCGUGUCAGGCUUAUAUAAAUAUCUAAGCAUGUCCAGCUAAUGCUUCGUCACUCCGGGGAAUUGACGGCUAGCCAGAAACAAUCGUCAACAGUGACUAAACCUCUGCAUCUGGCUGUUGAAUGCAUUUUGCUCAGCCACUCUUGAAAACAUGUUAUAAUUUACAGUCAGAAAGCAUUUUAAUUCAUGACUCCAUGACAUGGUGUGUUUUUACUAAUAUUAAUGUCAGUAUUACAACUUGAAGGUCUCAAAUGCACUUCUAAUACUGUGAAUUUAGCUCAUAUACUUUAAUUCUAGGCAGAUUAUUUUCAAAAAAUAAAAAUUGUGUGUACUACCUAAUAACAAACCACAGCCAUAUUAAAGUGUAAGAUAUGAAACAGAAAUAAUUUAAUAAAAAUGUAUGCACAACAUUUACAGUUCCCAUUAUUGUAUAUAGAGCCAGCCAAUGAAUGAUGUCUGGUUGCGUCUUGACGAAUUUCAGCACCUUGGACAGAGACGGAGGCUUUCGUGUCCCCGUCGCGCUUCUGCUCUCCUCCAGACCACAGAUGAGCAGCCAUGCAGAAAUCCAUCACGACAGCGGCUCCUUAGCUCGUUUUGCUCAGGUGCAUUUAAAAAAAAACUAAACAAAAAGACAAGUAAUUUAACAGUCAGAGGACCAAUAAAUAACAUUAAGUGAUUACCUGUCCGUUACAACUUUGGAUAUAUCGUCUUUGAACGCAAGUUUAUGACUUUGCAACAACAUCAAGAUGAUGUUUUCUAAUUGAAAACUUUGGAGAGAUAAAGAAACGUCUCACUCUGUCCUUCGGAUACAGCUUCUUUACUCCAUUCUUCGUUUCAGUUCAGAAUUGCCUCAUUUACAAGCAGUUUAUGCAGCUCGACUGACGUCAAUGGAGCGGUGUGUGAUGUAUAUAACCAUUGAGCUCCAGGAGCUCCACUCCUCUGUCUGCAAACACUCUUCAUUACAAGUACUUUUGAAGCAACAGAAGACGACCGAGAAGCGCGCACCUGUGUCCAGCAUGAAGCCCGUCCCUUUGGUCCUGCUGUUAACUUCAGUCUUACUGACCACCCACAUCCCGCUGAGCACCUGUCGACCCCGCGACCUCAGCCUCAUGAACAGCCAGCUAGACGACGUGCUGUUAAACGGGGCAGGAGACGGCGCCAUGUCCUACCUCGUGGGCGAAAAACUCCUUCAGUAUUUGCAAAGAAACCUCGGAGCGCAGAAGGCAGGCGGUGUCCUGCAUCUCCCGCACUUCCCCACGGCGCAGCUGCACUCUCCUCACGAGGACAACAGCUUAGAGGAGCUCACGGAGUUUUCCAAACGGAACGACGAUCCUCCGAUCUCCAUCGACCUCACCUUCCACCUGCUGAGAAACAUGAUCGAAAUGGCGCGAAACGAGAAUCAAAGGGAACAGGCGGGACUGAACCGCAAAUAUCUAGAUGAGGUUGGGAAGUAGCUGUAGCUCCAUGAUGAUGCUUUCAAUCGGCGAGUAAAGAACAAGCUCAAUGCACUCUUUCACACCCCCAAACUCUCGCUUAAGCAUAUGACAUUCACCGAUGCCUCCUGCUGACCCGCACUCUUAGAAAUAAAGGUUCUUCAGUGGUUCCUUGCCACUGCAAAGAACCUCCUUCUCGUUGUUGAGUUGGCUGAGGUUCUUUGGAGAUUAAAAAAAGGUUCUUCAGAUCAGGCUGUUGGUUUUUGCAUUCCAACAUGAAAAACAACAGUAAAAAAGUUAUUCUAAAAGGCUCACGUGUGGCAUCAGGGUUAUGUGGAACCUUUAUUUUUAAGAGUGGCAUCUAUCUGUUCACCAGCAGAGCUUCUGGUGACCUGCUGCUGUCUCCAUCACCUCUGGACCAUUUCAGAACCAGGAACCACAUGCAAGAGUCACACAACAGAUCUACCAGGACCUCAAAACGCUGCCCACGGCAAAUGAUCAGUCAGGGUGGUUCACAUGUAACCAAAUCGAGAAACCAAUCAAUCUACAAUUAACUUGUGUCCUUUGAGUGUUUACAGUUAUUGGCCUCCUAUUUAGAGUUGCAUUCUUUAAAAACAAAGGUUCUUAAUUGGCAUCUGUGGGUCCAUGAAGAACGUUUAACAUCCAUGGAACCUUUCUAGUGGUUCUUUAGAUGAUUAAAGUGCUCUUCACACUAAGAUUGAAAAGGUUCUUUUUAGAACUGUUCACUGAAAGGUUCUUCUAAGGCAUGUUUGUGAAACCCCACUUUUGGAACCUUUGUUUUUCAAAUGUGUAUAAAUGGAAGAAAUAUUACUAAACCAUUACAAAUCCUGCUUAUUAGUCUUGAGUUAUUCUCAAUGAAGUAAAAGAAGGCCAUUGUAAAAAGUCAUUUCUGUUCGGCUGGUUUGGUUGCAUCCUCGCACUUUGCCAAAGGGAGUGUUCUCAUGACAUAAAAUGCUACACUUUGGUAAUAUUACUAAUAUUUACCACACACAUAAUGCCAUAUGCUCACUGUAUACUAAGUGCAAAAGUAUGUUCUCCUCACAUGGUGGGAAACAAUGAUCUGUAGCACUUCAACCAAGAGGCUUACCCACGUUUUGUGACAAUAAUGUUGGACAAUAUUACAAAGUGCUUGAGAUAUACUGUACAUUGUAUAUUGCUUAUCAUUAUGUAAAUUACAUAUUAUAUUGCACCUAAAUGCAAACAUGACUUUGUAUUUUGAACAUGAAUCUGCAGAAAUAAAUGAGAGUACAUGCCUUUUACAAGUAACUGCAAACAUGUAAACCUCAUUAUCACCCAUUAAAAGUGCUAAUGAUCACAGCAGA